CGCGCGUGGAGACCAUGGCGUUCCUGUGCAGUAGCCUAUGUGACGGGGAUAACAGGGAAAUAUAACUCGGACCGCGGGUUAUUGUCACAUUAAUGCGAGGAACGGAUUGGAUUUAAAUAAGGGAGAAAAUGGGCUCUCGUAUCAAGGAGAGCCCUGGGUCAACCUUUGAGGUGUACAUGGAAGUGGCGCAUUCUGGGACGGCUGGCUCUGGACCAGAGGUGCGAAGGAGUUUCCCUGACACAUACACUGACCAGGAAACGUUACAGACUAUCCCAAAGUUUUGUUUCCCCUUCAGUGUGGACAGUAUGGCAGUGGGUCAGGUGGGGCAGAACUUCACAUUUGUAUUAACAGAUAUCGAGAGUAAACAGCGCUUUGGUUUCUGUCGGCUCUCAUCGGGAGCUCACAGCUGCCACUGUAUCCUCAGCUAUCUUCCCUGGUUUGAGGUCUUUUACAAGUUACUGAAUAUCUUGUCAGACUACACAACCAAAGGACAGGACAGUCAGUGGAGAGAGUUAUUAGAGUGUCUACAUGUGUUGAACAUCCCUGAUCCUGGAGUGCCUGUGCAUUUGAGUGUGCAUUUGUUUUUCACCGUGCCUGAUCCUAGAGAGUUACCUAGUAUACCUGAAAAUAGAAAUUUGACAGAGUAUUUUGUAGCAGUGGACGUAAAUAACAUGCUUCAUCUUUAUGCAAGCAUGCUGUACGAAAGACGAAUCCUCAUCAGCUGCAGCAAGCUCAGCACUUUAACUGCAUGUGUUCAUGGAGCUGCAGCCAUGUUGUAUCCCAUGUUCUGGCAGCAUGUGUACAUUCCAGUGCUGCCACAGCACUUAAUAGACUACUGCUGUGCUCCAAUGCCAUUCCUCAUUGGAGUGCAUGCCAGCCUUAUGGAGAAGGUGCGAGGUAUGGCUUUAGAUGAUCUGGUACUUCUCAAUGUGGACACAAACACUCUUGAAACGCCAUUUGAUGACCUGCAAAGCCUUCCCAAUGAUGUGGUUUCGUCUUUAAAGAACCGUUUACGGAAAGUUUCCUCGACAACAGGGGACGGGGUGGCCAGAGCUUUUCUGAAAGCACAGGCAGCUCUGUUUGGCAGUUAUAGAAAUGCACUACAAAUUGAACCGGAGGAGCCGAUCACCUUCAGUGAGGAAGCGUUCAUCACGCACAGAUCCAGCACUAUGAGACAGUUUCUACAAAACGCCAUUCAACUACAGUUCUUUAAACAGUUUAUAGAUGGCCGGUUGGAGUUGUUGAACGCUGGUGAAGGGUUUAGUGAUCAGUUUGAGGAGGAGAUCGAUAUCGGAGAAUAUGCAGGAAGUGAUAAGACAUAUCAUCAGUGGCUUUUCACAGUAAAGAAAGGAAGUGGGGCUAUCUUAAACACAGUCAAGACAAAGGCAAAUCCUGCAAUGAAGACUGUUUACAAAUUUGCCAAAGACCAUGCCAAGAUGGGCAUCAAAGAAGUUAAAAGUCGACUUAAACAAAAGGAACUUACUGAGAACGGCUAUUCAGAAGAGCCUGGCUCCACCCACUUUCCCUCCACGCACAGCAAGGACUCCCUUACCUGGGACCAGAGACGGCCAAUCACAGUCCACUUUGGACAGACUGAGCCCCCCCCACGGCCCCCUCGGCCACAACGUCCCCCUCCCCCCCAUCCCACAAAACUACAUCGCAACAAACGACCAGCCCGACCUCCUCGACCUCUGGUGGCGAAGAGACCGCGCAGUAACAUUGCCGUCGAGGGAAGUCCUGAACAUUACGUGCGUCCAACCCGUCACUAUACAGUGUUUCUGUGCGAGGACUCUUCGGGUGAUGAGCUGUCUCAUGACGACGAUUCUAUUGCUGCUUUUCCCGAACACUUCUUGCUCUCUGCUCCUUUUGAAUGGCCCCAGCCAUAUAGGUCUCUUAAAGAGGCUGAGCUUGUGGAAGAAGGCGAAGAGGUAGGGGAGCGCUUCCAGGGUAACACAGCUCCUUCCAGCCCUGUGCUAGACAAGUUCUCUGACCUGAGCCUGUUGGAGGAUGCCAUCCAUAGUCAGAAGGGGAAGCCGGAGAGUACAAACAACACAAAUACCACAAACUUCUGUCACAGCACACACACUACCCUCAGUUCUGCACGUAGUUUGGAGGAGCUUCGAGCUGACCCACAACACGUCAACUUUAACUACCAGCGGAUGGAUCUUAGUUCUGGCGAGCGCACACGGACUCUUCCUGGUCUUAAAACCACCAAUCCAUACAGCAAGCUAUGGUCCCAAAGGGAGGAUCCAUCAACGCUGCUUGGCAGUGAGUCCAUGUCCUGGGAGAGGCCUCUCUCUGUGCCACCACUGGAACCUGUGGAACAACGUCCACCUAGCAGAGAGAGUUCAAAUCCCACAGAGAAGGCGGAUGGAACCUGUAUCACAAUCCCUCGCCCUCAAGGUCGGAAAACACCCGAACCUGGUGCAGUGUUGGCACCAGCUGUGACCCUGCUGCGGGCCAGUGAAAAGGAGGGAGGAGUUACCACCGGUGGGCAAGAGUUCCGGCAGGCUCUUAACAUUUCUCCACUCUCACAAUCGCAGGCUGACUUACUGAAGCCUAGCGAGCUUAACGAGGAGCAAGGUCUUGACUUGCUCAGCUUGUUGGACCCUCUGUGUGGAGCAACCGAAAAUGAGACCACCCCGCCCACAUCUAAACCUCCCUUACCUCCUCGUCCCCACCCACCAACUUUGCCCCCCUUCCCGCAUCAAGGGUCACUCAACCCCUUCACCCAACCACCCCAAUUCCCACCUCAAAGGCACUAUAGUCCCGUUGUCCCGAGCAAUCCUUUUGUUCCAGCCUACAUAUCUCCCAAGGGUCCCACUUAUUUCCCCACACCUCCUCGCCCCUUUUCAGUAUUUUGUCAAUCAUCUGCUUUGGGUGUGGCCCCAAUGGGCGGGGCAUGGCCAAUGGGACAUGUCCUUCCAUCCUCCAGUAGUAGUGGCUCUCUUUCAAGCCUCUUAGACUCACCUGCGCCGUCCACUCCCGCCCAACCUGCGAAAGUCCUCGUAGACACACCCUCUGAUCCAUUCAGUGACCUUCUUACCAUGGCAACCACACCAACUGUAAUGGCCACGCCACCCAAAAAGAAGGUGGAGGAUUUGCGCAGGAGGUGGGAGACUUUUGACUAGCGCCACCCAUAUCUUUCGUUGACUGCUGCUACCAACCAGCUAGGGACUGUAAAUAAGGAAAAAUGUAGAUCCAGUGGGUAUUUAAAAUUGCGCCCCCUAGUGGCCUGAAAGCACUGUCGGACAUUUCUUCCCAGAGUGUGUUGUGCUUCGUUCGCACGUAGCUGGCACUCUUAGCCUUGUGCACACUGUUGCUAACAAUGCAUUUCCCGUCGUAACAGAAUGAACCAUGUUGCGCAAAUAGCACCAAGUUUAACACUGAAAAUACUAUAGUUACCAGGAUGACACUGUAUUUUCUGUAUUUGCUAGCAGUUUAGUACCCAUAGGGACCAGACUACAGAUACAGCACUACAUACACCAGACAAUACUGACCCACAUCCUUGUGACCAUUUCAGUUACACUGACAUUGUUGCUGUUAUGGCAUUAACUGCCAAUCUCCUUAACAAUCAGCACUGUAGUAAUUAGAAGCUUAUUUUUUUAGCCCUACACACACCUGGCCUUCAGUCGUGUGCAGACUUGUGCUUAAACACUACAAUAAGACAAAAAAGAUUAUUCAAUUGGCAUUACUUAACAUACUUGAUGACAAAUAUUGGUUAUUCCUGCUUAAUUGAUGAUAUACUGGACAUUGCACACUACCUGCUAGAGCAUACUACAUUCUCCUCUACAAAGUUCACAUUGAAUACAUCAAAGUCUGACUGUAGUUCCUUUAUAUGUGUACUUCAUAUUUUGCUCUACAUUACAUACCUCAUACUAAAAUACAUACUGCACACUACAUUACAUGCUACAGUAUAUACUGCUUGCUGCGUAGAGCAUAGUGUGUGAUAUAUGCUGUGUUCUGAAUAGCGUGCUACCACACUACUUUUACUUUUCUGUUGUAUAUAGAUAGAUAUGGCAGAAAUAGUAGUGCGGUAGUAUGCUAUUCCGAACUUGGCCAUAGUAAAGAUGUCAGAGUUGUAGUAAUAUUCUGUGUUCAGUACAAGUUAAGCUCAAUCAAUAGCGUUUUUUGAUAAAUUUUGAUUUCCACAAAAAAUAUUUGACUCAUCCCUCGUUUAAAUAAAUAUUAAAAGCAAGAAUCCCGAUUAAACUCAGACACUUACAAUGGACCAUGAGGCCAGUCCAUCAAUGUUAAAAUACAUACUGUUUCAAAAGAAUAGCCACAAGACGUAAAAUGUAUUUGUGCUAACAAGAUUUUAUUGUGAUAAAAUCGCAUACUAUCAUUUAUCUGUGUAAAGUUAUAUCCAAUAUUAAGACUUCAUUGUCAGGACGACGUCACGAAACCCUGUAAUCUGGUAAAUGCCGUAAAUUGCCGGUAAACCCCUGAUUUUGUCAAACUAAAAUCAUGUUAACAAACAUUUAUAAUGUUCAUGUCUUGUGGCUAUGCUUUUGAAACAGUGUGUUUUUUAAUGCUAACGAACUGGCUCUAUUCACUUCCAUUGUAAAUUCCUUACAGAAACUGAGAUUUCUGCCUUUAAAUAAAGAAAUUAUAAUAAUUAACGAGGGAUGAGUCGAAAUGUUUUUGUGUUGAUCAACAUUAUGGAACAAAUGCUGUCGAUUGUGCUUAACUUGUAUCGAACCAGAAACAUUCUUUUAACAGCCCUGUAGAGCUUAACACUGCCCCUAGUGGUCUGGAUACAACUUUUAGAAGUCAAAAUGCUGCAUGUAUUUGAUGCAUUAGCACUUGACAAAUUGAAAUUGUUACAAAUGUGUCAUCAAGCUAGAUAAAAUGUAUUUGGACGUUUUUAGAUUAAAUAUUUGGUGAAUACCCUAACUGUUACCGGCUUUACCUCUGGUUCUGCUUGCCUGUGUGUCGUUCUGAAAGUUUUAAAAUAGGUCUCCUUGAUCAGAGUUCUGUUGAGUUUCAUACAUUUAAAUGCUACCUGCUUUGAUUUGAUGUUAAAGUUUGAAAUCUGUUUCUAUUAUUCUGAACAUAACAAUAUUCUAGAAUUAUAGCUUUCAUAAAGCGAUCAAUCAUCCCUCAUUCGUUGUAGUGCUACCCCUUCCAAUCAGUGAUCUGCUACUGCCAUGCACACUGCAUUAUAGGUAUUUAUUCUAAUAGAGCUGUUUCUUUUUUUUUCUUCUUUUUUUUUUAAAUAUGCAUAUGGCUAAACAGUGUUAAAAUUGAUCCGUUCUCUAACAGUUGUUUUUCUUGUCAAAGACUGUGCCUGUUUCUUUGUUUUAGUUUAGCACUAGACACAAUUUGUCAGUAGACCUUGUUUCAUGCAAUUUCUUUCUAUACGUUGCAAGUAGGAGAACACUGUUUGUGCAAAACUUGACAUGGUGGAUUUUUUUGAACUGUGUGUCCAACCAAAUGCUCAAACCCAAAAGAAACACAUUAUUUUUGUCCAUGUCAGGGAAUAUCAGGGAGUGAAUUGGUGUCUUUUCUUCUCUGGUUUUAUUGUUGUAUUUAAAGAUAUGAAAUAAUGUUAUUUGUGUUAUUAUUAUUAUUAUUAUUAAAAGUGUUCUUCAACAUAUGUAUCAACCCUGUAGAGCUGUUAGACAUGUUCUGUUAGUUUAUCUGUUUAGUUCUCAUGUCUAAUUUGGCCUUAAAUUGGAGUUUUUGUGUUUGGGAGUAUGAAAGCUGAGAGCUGUUUAUGGUGAGAUGUUUGUUUUGCAUUUCUGGUCUUACAGUGUUUUGAUUUUGAGACAUUCUGGUUAAUGUUUGCAUUUUGUUUCUUAAAAAUGUUGAAAGAGAAUUUCCACGUUUAACAUGGGAUUUCAGGUUUGUACAUUUAGGGGUACAGCAAACAUUGUACCACUGUCUUUGAUAAAUCAUACCGAUAUUUCAAAAGAAGCUCAGUGGAAAUUGAAGCUAAUACAGAUUGGCGAGGUAUGUGACUUAUGAGGUUAUGUAGAAUACACUGAGUGGCACUGCAUUGGAUUGCCAUGAGCUUCUAGUAGUAAGACUUUGAUAAAGUUUUAAUACAAAACAUACAAUUAUUUACAUCAUAUUACUUGAGAACUCUGAUGGAGUUCUAGUGUACUGAGUGCUCAGAUAUUUGAGAGCCAUGCCAUUCUUAUGAAAAGUUAUUCAAGAAAUGCAUAUGAGCAAUGAGUUUUCAGCAAUGUAUUUACUGACUUUGGGCACCAGCAAUUGUGGCAUCCAUUUGAUUGACCAUAGAAAUGAUGGCAGUGUUAACAAAAUGUCAAAUAUUGUCAUUUCUGGCUAUGAACAGUGUAUUUCUGGUGAUGCCAAAUAGUUAUUUUACUUAAAUGAUUUUGCAGAGUACUCUAUGGCUGCUUGGAUGAUUAAAGGUUGUAUAUUAUUUCGUUUAUAAUGCCUUAAACUGAAGGAAACUUCAGGAAACACCAGAAUACUCCACCUCCCUUGAUGCAGUGAUAGGAGAAUUUAAUGGGCAUACUCGGUGUAAAUUAAAUGGUUGAAACUAAGCAAAAAGCAACCUUGCUUUUUUAUUGGAAGUAUUCUUAGUAAUAUUCUCCUUAAACAAAAUAGUCGGAUGAACUCAAGCUGUGACAUUUUUUUCUGAAUGAGUUUAAUUUGCAAAACUAGAACACCGUAUUUAGUGGUGAAUUCUGGACUGGGUGAAUCUUUGGAAGUCUGAGAAUGUCAAACUUUAAUUUCAUUGUAUUCUGUAUGGGUGAAAGAGUUGAACAGUGAACCUCUAUUGACAGUGUCCUGUUUGGGGUUUGAAUAACACAAACCUAAACUUGUCUCGGAAUAAGAUGGUGGAGAAUGCAUGCUGUGAUGGCUCUCGACAUAGUGAAAUUAUCAAAGCAUCAAUACAUUUCUGAUGUGUAACAUAUCACUCUUGGAAUGUUUCCUAAUGUGAACGUAUCCUGUUUUUUUUAAAUUAUAAUUUGUUUGUUCUUUUUAAUCAUCCUGCACUUUUAUUUUGUAUGAUUUGGAUGUUAUGAUUUUGUGUAUGUUAUAAUUAAAGAGAACACAGUAUAUUC